CAUUCAGAGCUCAGUCGCUCCGACCAUCACACCUCCCUGUCCUUUGUCUCUGCUCACUCUUUGUCUCUCUGGCAGUCUCCCAUCCAUCCUUCUACCCAUCCAUCCACCCAUCCAUCCUUCCUCCUCCUCUCUCCCUGCCCAUGUGAAUAAUGUCCAGUUUCAGGUUUCUCUCAGUCAAUCUGCUUGGAGGCUCGCUGUUGCUGCUGCUGACUGCUGUUUGUGAGACUCAGUACUACGACAGCACGCUUCCUCCAGACUACGACUCCGACUACAAUGCCACCUUCGAGUACAGCUUUUUCAGUAACACCAGCAAUGACGAACUGGAGAGGUUCAGUGAACAAUUCAAUGACACUGAGGAAGAAGAGGUAGAUGAGACGAAAAAAGACAAAGGACGCCAGGAGGUGGUGACUGUUACAAUGGCAACUACCAGACAAACUACACAGAUGACCAGAGUCGAUGUUCAUGGUGCUGCAUCACUUCCUGUUUUUCUGGAACUCAGGAUGCUGGUCUGGACUCUAAUGAUCCUGAUGGUCCUGAACACACAGCAGCUGUGACACACACUACUGUGAGCACACACACAAUCACACUCAGCAGCUGUUGGCAGGUCUCUUGGAUCAUCUUACCUGUGGUGGGGCCUCAGCAGAGACUGAAAUCCCUUCACCCUCCUGAACAUGGCUGGCUCUGGCAGCAGCAUGACAACAAGUGGACCUCAGCCAAUCACAGAACUUGUCAGCAGAGUUCUGAACUUGCAUCAUAAAAAUAUGAACUUCAUCACAAAUUCAAUCAUUUAAGAGAAAAAUCUGUCACAGUCUGAAUAUGUGAGUCUGGAAGACCAGGACCAAGAUCUUCUCCGCAUGGUUAUACUUUACGAUAUGCUGGGAAUCUAAACAAGUAUGAAUGUUUAUUAACGCCAAACCUGCUGAGUUAACCAGUCACCUAGAAAUAACAAUUGCAUUUGAAGCAGCAAACGUGCUUCAAAGGAAAGAGAUCAGGAAGUUACAUGGCAUAACAUAUUUAAAAAUUAUCCCAAAUGUUUCACCUAAAUACUCACUCUUACAGUUCUGCCCCAAGACCAAAAAGCAAUUGUUAAACAAGCGUUUUAAUUUAAUUUGACCUCCAUUGUUAAUUAAUUUUUUUUUCUCAAAUAAUUACAAAGAAAGCCUGAAACCUAGUCGUAUUAUUAUUAUUAUUAUUAUUAUUAUUAUUAUUAUUAUUAUUAUUAUUAUUAUUAUUAUUAUUAUUAUUAUUAUUGUUGUUGUUCUAUUUCAUAGAUGAUCCAAAGGCCUAUAACUAAUUAUGAAUAAUUAUAAUUUUCACCAUAAUAAACAUAUUUGUAAGUGUAAAUUAUUUUACACUUGACCAGGUGGUCAAAUGUAAAAUAAUUUACUAUAACUAUCAAAUACACAAUAUGUUUUUUCCCUCCUGAACCAAAGAGCUUCUGUUAGAUCUGGAUGUAAACGGGUUUCUAGUAAUCCAGAACAUUUAUGUUCUCCAACCUCAUCUUAUACAGUGAGGCGACUCAUCGAUGGUAAUUCUAUUACACUUGAACACAAAUAUGAAAAGAAAAAGAAACAUAUGAAGUUAACUUGUGGCAGAGCAGAAUCAGACAGUAAUGAGAAUAAAUAUUAUACUGAUAAAAGUUAAAUUUAAUUUUUUGGUAAUAAGACUCAUUCAUUGACUAAAAAGUCCAGUUUAAAAGAUUAAUUUAAAAACAGAAGUAUCUUUAGAAGAAAUAUUUUUUAUUUCCAGGCUAAUUCCCGAACUGAACAAUUUUUUUUAUCCUCUAAUGUUAAAAAAGAUGCUGUUCAUAGAGAUAAAGACAUGAGCAAGCUGACGUCACCUCAGAUCACCUGAACCCUCCUGUUGUGUCUGUAGGACUCUGUUUCUUUAUUAUAAAUGUCACUUCACCACAGUUUAGUUCACAUCAGUUUUUAUCCCCAGUUUUACUGUGAAUCAAACACCAGCACUUUGUCAACAAGCAGCACUUAUCUGUUUAUGUCAGUUAUAGCUUGAAAUGAAGAGACAGAGGAGAGGAUGAAAAUGUUAAAAAGGACAAAUGAUCCCCCAACAAACCAUUUAACCUAUAUUUGUAGGCAGUCAACACUGCACCCUGUUGAAUUGAAUUUAAAUAAAUAUAAAGCUGGAAAUAAGCAAUAGUGCUGCCUCCAUCUAGUAAAUGUUGCUUUGGAGGUGAUUAAUGCAUCAAAUUGUGUUUAGAAAGUUUAUUUUUAAUCCUGCUAGACUCAACACACGAGCAGCAUCCAGAGACAUGAAAA